CCAAAGACGACCGUGUGGAAAACUUUUGAAAGGCCAGUUUCAACCCACUAGCGAGAGAAAAUCAUGACAUGAUGGCGAUAGUUGACGAGGAAAAUCGUCUUGCUAGAGCAAUAUAAAUUUGUUCAUGGAGAUGCUUAACCCAUCUUGUGCAGUGGAGAAGUUCACCUUUAUCUUCAACCACAAGGUUUUCUCUCUGUACUUGUGAUUUCCACCUCCUGUCCUAAACUUCAGAUUGUGUCUUCCUGAUGUUCCAAAGGUAGCAAAACCAGUUGUUGCUGAGAAGAAAGGUUCAAGGAGUCAUGAUACUUCUGGGAAAAGUAAGGAUAUUAUUCUCUCUCUUUAUUUUGUUUCGUUAUGCUGCGGAAUUUUGCAUGGGAGGAGAUGUCAUUACAGCAUCUGAGUACAUCCAAGACCCUGGAAGUAUCAUAUCAAGUGGAGGUCUCUACAAGCUGGGAUUCUUUAGCCCCAAUGGAACUACAAACCGGUAUGUCGGAGUUUGGCAUAACAAGAUCCCUAAAUUUAACGUAUUUUGGGUUGCGAACAGGGACAAGCCGGUUUUAGAUUCGUCUGGCGUCAUGACCAUAUCCAAUGAUGGUAAUCUCGUGAUAAUGAAUGGAAAGAAGGAAGUAGUUUGGUCAACAAACGUUUCCACCUCUGGAGCUAAUGCGAAAGCCCAAUUGUUAGAUACUGGAAAUCUUGUCUUGCUCAAACAAAGUUCUAAUACUGGCACAAAUGGUACAGUAACUGUAUGGGAAGGUUUCCAGAACAUGUGUGAUACAUUCAUGGCAAAAAUGAAGCUUAUCACCGAUGAGAAUACAAAUGAGAAACAGGUACUCACAUCGUGGAAGAGCCCUUCUGAUCCAUCGGUUGGAAGUUUCUCGAUUAGUCUUGAACCGCUCAAUAUUCCUGAAGUUUUCCUUUGGAAUGGCACUACACUACAUUGGCGGAGUGGUCCUUGGAAUGGUAAGGUUUUCAUCGGAAUUCCCCAGAUGCAAUCAGUCUAUCUUGAUGGAUUUAGCUUAGUGGAUGAUAAAGAAGGAACUGCCUAUCUGACUUACAAUUUUGCGGAGGUGUCUUAUUUGUCGUUCUUUUAUAUGAGGUCAAAUGGGGAGUUGUUGCAGCCAUUCUGGGAUGAAAAAUAUAACCAUUGGCGAAUCGAUUGGUCAACCCGAGAGUCCGAAUGUGAUGUUUAUGGCAAGUGCGGGUCGUUUGGAUUCUGCGAUGCCAAGAAAUCACCAAUUUGCAGCUGCUUGAGAGGCUUUGAACCUAAGAAAGUUGAAGAAUGGAGCAGAGGGAAUUGGUCCAGCGGAUGCGUCAAGAGGUCAUUGCUGCAAUGUGAAAGGAUGAAAAAUGGUAGUACUAAAGCAGGAAAAAUGGAUGGAUUUGUAAAGCUCGAGACUGUGAAAGUGCCGAAUUAUGCAAUCUGGUCAUCUGCUUUGGAAGAUGAUUGCCGAGAGCAGUGCCUCAGUAAUUGUUCGUGUGCAGCAUAUGCUUUUGAUGCCGGCGUGGGUUGCAUGUACUGGAGCGGAGACCUAACCGACGUACGGCAGUUUACCAAUGGAGGUACUACUCUGUAUGUUCGACUGGCCCAUACAGAACUUGAAGGAAAAAGAGAUCUAAGAGCAAUUAUAGCGACUGCAGUUGUUGUGGCAACACUUAUUUUCAGUAUUUGUGCUUUCUUCGCCUGGAAGAAGUCCAAAAAACGAGGAGGCAAAGACACAGAACAAUUUGCAGAGGCUUCUAGUGAGAACAUGCUUGGAGAGAGCUUUCGCAAAGUUAAUCUCCAGGAGCUUGUGCUAUAUAAAUUGGAAGAGCUGGCUGCAGCAACAAGCAACUUUAGCGACGCUAACAAGCUAGGAGAGGGUGGUUUUGGGGCAGUAUAUAAGGGGAGAUUGUUAAAUGGAAAAGAAAUAGCAGUCAAAAGACUAUCAGGGGCCUCAGGACAAGGAUUGCAGGAAUUUAUUAAUGAAAUGGUCGUGAUUUCGAAGGUCCAGCAUCGAAAUCUAGUUCGACUCCUUGGAUGCAGUGCCGAACAAGAUGAGAAACUACUAGUCUAUGAGUUCAUGCCAAACAAGGGUCUAGAUGCAUUUCUUUUUGAUCCGCUCAAACGAGAGCAACUGGAUUGGAGAAGACGGUUCAACAUUAUUGAUGGAAUUUGUCGAGGCCUACUGUACCUUCACCGUGACUCCAGACUACGGAUAAUUCAUAGAGAUCUUAAGACGAGUAAUAUCCUGUUGGAUCAAGAGCUCAAUCCAAGAAUUUCAGACUUCGGAACGGCUAGGAUAUUUGGGGGAAAAGAAGAUCAAGCAGAUACGCUAAGAGUUGUGGGAACCUAUGGUUACAUGGCUCCAGAAUAUGCGAUGGAAGGGCGGUUUUCGGAAAAAUCAGAUGUCUUUAGCUUCGGGGUACUAUUGCUGGAAAUUGUAAGUGGAAGACACAACACUACCUUCAAUGAGGAAGAUCAAUCCUUGAGCCUGUUGGGAUUGGCAUGGAAAUAUUGGGAGGAAGACAAUGUACUAGCUCUAGUGGACCCUAAAAUUUCUGUUGGAGGCUUUGAGGUUGAGAUCAAGAGGUGCAUAACCGUGGGGCUGCUUUGUGCACAAGAACUCCCAAAAGAUAGGCCUACCAUUUCAACUGUUAUUUCAAUGGUUAACAAUGAAAUCAUUGGUCUUCCUACUCCAGACAAACCUGCAUUCACCGAGAGGCAAACAACCACCGACACAAGUUCCUCCAGACAAAGGCAGAAGAAAUAUUCUGCCAACCAUGUCACUCUUACAGCUCUUGAAGGCAGAUAAAUGAGGAUGCCCAAACCAAUACGUUUGGAGGUUCAUCUCAGAGAUGCAAACUAUAGGCAGCUCGUGUCUUGGACAUGGAGUGAAUAAUGAGUUCUAGUAUGAUCUUAUUUACAUGUACUGUUUUUAAGGCACAGCCUUUGUUUUUGUUUUUUUCCCCCUUAGUCGAGUUUAAUCUUGCUUGGAAAUGUAUGGACAUAAAGUUGUGCAAUAGCACAUUACAAUACGUUGGGUGGCAGUAAGGCCUCACUUGUUUGUGUCAUUCCAGAGUUGGGGUGGGCAAAUAUUUGGCAA